UUUUUUUUUUAUUUUUUUUUCGUCUCAUGCUUAGUUCAGGAAAUACACAAAAGCUCAAAUAUCAUCAACAGCCAUUUUAUCCACCUUCUCCUCCAUUAUCUUCUACUUCAUCCAUGUCAAAUAAAGCAACUUUAACGAAUACUUUAUUCUCUAAUAAUAAUGAAACCUUUUUAAAUCUUGAAAAAGUCGUUCAAACGUAUGUUCAUCAUCCUGAAUUAUUAGAGCUUAUUCUUUCUAGUAAAGUAGAAGAAGAUCGUAGAAGAGCAGAAGAAGCAAAACUUCGUCAAAAAGAAAUUGAUUAUAUUAUAUCUCAACAAACAAAAGAAAAAAGAAAGCCUUCUCUUCCUUCACUUCAAAAUUUAACCCAGUUAACAUCAUUAGAACAACAACUACCAAAAAUACAAAAUAAAAAUAUUGAAAUGUUAUUAAAUACUCCAAAUCAUUCUUCAAUAAAAUUACCUGAAAUGAUGACCUCCUCAGCGAAUUCUUCAGCAACUUUUACGAAACAUAGAAGAUUAAACCUCUCUACUCCUUUGCAUCUUAAACGUCCUUAUUCUAUUUCAAAUGAAGAAAAGACUAAAUCAUUUAUUUUACCCACUACUUCUUUGGCUCCCCCUUCCCCUCCUUCUGAACCGAACCAUCUUCCUUUAUCACCUUCUACUACUUCCCAUAAUAAACGACGUAGACGUGAAAUGCAGCCUAUUACGACUGUUAUUGAAACUAAAGAAUUUCCUUAUAACGAUGAUUAUCUUUGGAAAAAUAAUGGAAAUACAAUUCAUAAAAAGACUGGAUUCAAGAGUAUCUAUUAUAAAUGUUCUAAUAAUGCCAAGGGAUGUCCUGCAAAUAAAACUGUGACCUUUAGAGAUAACGGUGAAUACCUUAUUAAAUAUAGAGGCCAUCAUUUCUCUGAGUGUAAUCGAAUUAAACGAAUUACAAACCUUUAGAGUAGAUCGCCUUCCUUCAUGUAUUCGAAUACCCCCCCCUUUUAUUUUACAUAUACAUAUAUCUUUAUAUUUUACCCUUAUUAUUAUUCUCUCUUAUACACUUGUUUGUAUUUAUGUAAAUAGUCACUAUUCAUGUAAUCUGUAUUACUAUAAAAGAAAUGAAAGAAAACAAAAGAAAACUUGUUACAUUUCUUUAACUAAA